AGAGACAUUUCUUUAUUUACAGCUGAUUUUUUUUUUUUAAUUUUCAAUUGGGUUUUCAAAAUGGCUGCCCAGUUUAAAAAAACUAAUACUAAGGUUUUCAUUAAUAGUGGACCUGAAUUAACACCAGAUAAUAUUUAUUGGAAAAAAUAUAGUCCACCAGUAUUGAUUAAGGAAUUUGGACUAAUUGAUUACAUAGAUUUUUCACCAGUUGAACCACAUUAUUUUGCUGUAACAUGUUCAGUACGUGUACAAAUAUACAAUCCAAUAACAAAAAUUGUGACAAAAAAUUUAACAAGAUUUCGUGAAGCUGCCUAUGGUGGAUCAUUUAGAAGUGAUGGAAAAUUAUUAUGUGCUGGUGGUGAAGAAUCAGUUAUUCGUUUAUUUGAUGUAUCAAGUAAAAGUUUACUUCGUUUAUUUUCUGGUCAUAAAGCACCAGUACAUAGAACAUUUUUUACUGCUGAUGGACGUAAUAUUGUAUCAUUUUCUGAUGACAAAACAGUAUCACUAUGGGACAUACCAACUGAAAAACAAAUAAUAUCAUUUAAUGAACAUAAUGAUUAUAUUAGAGCUGGUGCUGUUAGUCCAGUAUCACCUGAUAUAUUUGUAUCAGGAAGUUAUGACAAUACUGUUCAAAUGUAUGAUGCUAGAACAAGUAAAUGUGUAUUUAGUGUUAAUCAUGAAGCACCUGUUGAAAGUCUUAUAUUUCUUCCAUCUGGAGGAGUAUUUAUAUCUGCUGGUGGUACUGAAAUGAGAGUAUGGGAUGCACUUGCUGGUGGUAGGCUAUUAACUAAAUUAUCACAUCAUCAUAAAUUAAUAACAUGUUUAAAAAUUGCAUCAAAUGGUAAAAGAAUAUUAUCUGGAUCACUUGAUAGACAUGUUAAAAUAUAUGAUGCUGGUAAUUAUAAAGCAGUACAUACAUUAGAUUAUCCAAAUGGUGUAUUAAGUAUUGGAACAAGUCCUGAUGAUGAAACAAUUGUUGCUGGUAUGAUUGAUGGUUUAAUAUCAGUACGUCGACGUGAACAUGAUAAAACAGAUAAAAAUAAAAAAAAAAAAUCAACAUUUAGACGUGGUGGACAUAAUAUCAAUUCAACAAUUUCUGAUUCUGUUGCUGUACCAUGUAAAGAAAAAGAAAUUGCAAGUAAACAUGAUGUUUGUUUAAGGAAAUUUCAAUAUUCAAAAGCACUUGAUAGUGUUAUGAUACCAUUUGUUGCUAACAAAACACCUCAAGUUAGUGUUGCAUUACUUCAAGAAUUAACAAGAAGAAAAGGUUUAACACAAGCAUUAGCUGGUAGAGAUGGUAAAUCAUUAGUAACUAUUCUUAAAUUUAUUAUCAAACAUAUUGGUACACCAAGAUAUGGAAAAGUAUUGAUUCACGUUGCCAAUGUUUUAAUGGAUGUUUAUGAGGAUAAUAUGGAUGAACUUGGUCCAGAGCCAAGGACAAUGUUCACAUUGCUCGAACAAAAACUCAAUGAAGAAGAGGAUUUAAUUUUGUCAUUGACAGAACUUGAAGGAAAACUUCAUUUAUUACUUUCAGCUGCUGAAUCAGCAAAAGCCAUGUCAAUUAAAGAACCACAAGCUUUUGAACCAUCUGAUGCUGCACAAAAAAAUUUAAUUCUCAGCAUAGGCUAAUUAAUUAAUCACGAAAAAAAAAGAAAAAAUCAUUAGGUUUGUAAAUAAUAUAUGAAUAAGAAAAUGUAAAUAAUAAUUCAAUAAAAAAAAAUGGAUUUUUUAAAAUA